AUGGACGGUGGAGAUUCAUCUGAAAAAGGGACAGUGACGUGUGCGACGUGGAUCAGACAGCUGAAAAACGCGCACUUGGUGGUUCUGGGAAAAUCGAGUCCGUCGUCACUCGAGAUCUUCUCCUUCGACCCCAAGACCACUUCUCUCCCCCCCUCUCCCAAGGUCAAGUUUGAAUUUGAAGAAGGGGUUAAUCCAGUGACCAUUGCGGUGCAUCCAAGUGGAGACGAUGUGGUGGUGAAACGAUCAGGCUUUACGGUGGAUAGUUCUUUUGCUGAUUCCCAGACAGCAGUUGGAAGCAAACAAUCUGUUAGAGAUAGGCUGGGAAGUAAUGUAGAUUUAUCUCUCCAAGUCAACAAGCGGACUUAUAGCAGCGGCAUGUGGCCAGCUGGAUACUCUUUUGAAGAAAGGUGCGACAAAGACAUGCAGAAUGAGCAAUGGCAACUCGGCAAUAAAAGCACACCUAUAUGA